UGACGCAGAGGGAGAGGCAGUCAUAACUAUAGGCAGUAUUGUAUUGUAAGUAUUGGUUCUCUGUGUUAGGCAUUCAAUGCAGUCAAUGCUGUCAAUGCUAUUAAUACUAUAAUACUCUACUACUGUAUGACUGUAUGUAUGUAUAGACUGGGAUCUCAUGUUGUUGUGAGCGAGCAUUUAAUGCAGUGAUGAAUACAGUGAUCACUGAUUGCAUCCAAUCUAUGAUAUGAUAUAUACAUAUAAUUGCAAUGAUUUUUGUGUUCUAUUUGUAUGAAAGCAAUCAAACAAUGAAUUGAGUUAUGAUUUAUAGUAAAAAUGUAAUCAUUUUGAACACAAUUUAUAUAUUUGUGUAUUCAAUAUAUGAUAAAUACAGUACUAAUCAUACGAGUGAUGACUAAAUGCAAGCAAUGUAUGGAACAUAAGAUUAAUAGUCAAUGCAUUCACACAACUAGUGAUGCCUUCAAUGCUAUCGAUUGGCACAACAUUUGGUACAAUGUUUGUCAAAAUAGUUGCAAAUAUAGUGACAGUCAAAGACACAGACAAAGACACAGACAAAGUCAACAUAACAUUAAAUUAACUCAUUUUAUUAAAUCCAUUGUCCAAACUGUGAUAUUGAUGGUAAUCAUCUCAUUCAUCAAUUGUAAGCCAUUAAGUGAUGCACCGAUCAGUCAGCUGUCUAUGCAAUUGAUGGACAACACAUCCCAUGCUAUGGAUUUUUUGGUUAAAUUUGGAUAUUUGCCGAAAUCAACCAAAAACAGUGCGAAUUUGAUAAGUGAUGAACAGCUUAAGGAUGCCAUCCGUGCGAUGCAAUCGUUUGCAAAUUUACGUCCGACCGGUCUUUUAGAUAAUAAAACCAUUGAACUUAUGAAAAGAAAAAGAUGUGGUGUUCCCGAUGUCUUUAUAUCCAAUGGUCGAAGAGUUAGACGCUAUUCACUUCAAGGAUCCAAAUGGGAUAAAACAAAUCUAAGCUGGAGUGUGAGAGACUGGUCACCCGGAUUGGACCCACAGUUUGUGAUGGAACAGUUUCGGAAGGCAUUUAAGGUUUGGUCGGAUGCUUCGAGACUGACCUUUACUGAGACCCGUAGAGCUGACGCCGAUAUAGUUAUAUCGUUUUACAAAGGAUCUCAUGGCGAUGUGUAUCCAUUUGAUGGCCCGGGAUUUGUAUUGGGUCACGCAUUCUUUCCCGGUGAUGAUAUUGGUGGUGACGCACACUUUGAUGCCGAUGAACAAUGGGAUCAGCGACAGUUCAAUCCGAAUGAUAACCCAAACAAUAGGGACGGGGUCAGUCUGUUCUCAGUUGCCGCACAUGAAUUUGGUCACUCACUGGGUUUGGCUCAUUCAUCAGUUUCUGGAUCUCUAAUGUUUCCAUAUUAUCAAACACUUGAUAAUAAUUUUCAUUUACCACAUGACGAUACAUCAGCAAUUCAAGAACUUUAUGGUCCACCAACUGAUCAAAAUUGGUCACCACAUUCAUCACUGCCAACACCCAAAUAUACCAGUACUGACCGCCCAAAUACACCAACGAUUCCUAAAUUUUCGACUGAAUAUCCAAAUGCAUGUGAUAUGAGUAUAGACGCCAUCGCAACCAUACGUUCUGACAUUUUUGUCUUUAAGGAUAAGUUCUUCUGGUGGUUGAAACCUAACCGAUCUAUGACUUCGGCGAAACCAAUUGAAAUAUACCGAUAUUGGACUGAUCUGCCAAAAGACUUAAAACGAGUGGACGCCGUUUAUGAGCGAUUGACUGACAGUAAAAUUGUUUUUUUUAUCGGAAAACAAAUUUGGGUUUUUAGUCAAACUCGUGUGGAUCACGGAUAUCCCCAACCUUUAACAUCAAUCGGAUUGCCGUCUGAUUUGGAGAGAGUCGAUGUGGCCAUGAUUUGGGGUCACAACGGAAAGACUUAUUUGUUUAGUGGUUCAAAAUAUUGGAGAUUUGAUGAACAAGAAAAUAGAGUUGAAUUAGAUUAUCCGCGUCUUAUAUCUACCGCUUGGAAAGGAAUUCCCGGUAACAUUGACUCUGCCUUUCAAUGGUCUAAAGAUAGUCAGACAUACUUUUUCAAAGGCCAUCAAUUCUGGAAAUUUGAUAACCGAAAGAUGCAUACAAGUGAUAGUUAUCCACAAAAUAUCGGUCCCUUUUGGUUCCAGUCAUUGUUAUGUCGUAAUAUGAAGACUACCAGUCCUCAAGUCAUCGGUAACUUGAGUUCACAUCUUUCGGCUAAUUUGAAUAUAACUCUGUUUUUGCUCAAUUGUAUAUUGUUUUAUAAUUUUUAUAUAUUUUAUUACAGUAUUAAUAUUUUUUCAAAGUAA